CCCCUCCUCGCCCCAAACAAAACCACCAACCAACCAACCACAGGGGCCGGGACUGCCACCACCGGAACCCGACCGAUGGAGUUCCCUCGCCGCGGUCCGGCCACCGGCGACGGCCGCCGCUUCCCUGACCCUCCGCCGCACGGAGAGGAGGAGCCGAUGACGGUGAUGAGGAAUGCGCUGCUCUCGCAGCUCCACAUGGACCACCUUCGCCAGGAGAUCAUCGUGUCCGAGCUGGCCAAGAUGGAGCGCGCCAAUGCCCUCCGCGCCGGCGUGGCCACCGCAGAUGCUGGACAGUCUAAGCCGUGUCCGUUCAGUGCCGAGCAGCUCAUGGCCCUGCGCGCCGCCACGCCGAUUCCAUUGCUCGGCCUGGCCGCCGCAGAUGCUGGACGGUAUGGGCUUUUGCCAUUCAGCGCCGAGCAGCCCAUGGCCCUGCGCGCUUCUGCCUGUGAGCAACAGACCACACGGAUGCCAUCGCAAAGUGUGGUCGCUGCUGAUGCCGGACAGUCUACGACAUGUCCGUUCAGUGCCGAGCAGCCCAUGGCCCUGCGCGCUUCUGCCUGUAGCCAGCAGGACACGCGGAUGCCAUUGCACAGUGUGGUCGCGGCGGAUGCCGGACAGUCUAUGCCAUGUCCGUUCAGUGCCGAGCAGCUCAUGGCCCUGCACGCUGCGCCCAGUAGCCACCAGGACACGCAGAUGGCAUUGCAUGGCGUGGCCGCUGCAGAUGCUGGACCGUCUAAGCUGUGGCCGUUAAGUGUCGAACAACUCAUGGCCCUGCGCGCUGCGGCGGAUAGCCACCAUGCCACGCCGAUGCCAAUGUACGGCGAGGCUGCUACAGAUGCUGGACGGUCUAAACCAGGGCCGUUCAGUGCCGAGCAGCCCAUGUCCUUGCUUGCCGCGGCCGGUAGCCACCAGAACAUGCCGAUGCCAAUGUACGGCGUGGUUGCCGCAGAUGCUGGACGGUCUAAACCAUGGUCAUUCAGUGCUGAGCAGCCCAUGUCCUUGCUUGCUGCGGCCGGUAGCCACCAUAACAUGCCGAUGCCAAUGUACGGCGCGGCUGCCGCAGAUGCUGGACGUUCUAAACCAUGGUCAUUCAGUGCGGAGCAGCCGAUGCCCUUGCUUGCUGUAGCCGGCAGCCAUGAGAACACCCCGAUGUCAUUGCACGGUGUGGCUGCCGCAGAUGCUGGACCGUCUAAGCUGUCGCCGUUCAGUGUCCAGCAGCUCAUGGCGCUGUGUGCUCCAGCUGGUGGCAACCAAGCCACGCCAAUGCCAUUGCACGGCGCGAAUGCCGCGGAUGCUGGAUGGUCUAAGCCAUUGCCGUUUAGUGCCGAGCAGCCCAUGACCGUACACGCUGCGGCCGCUGGCCACCAGGUCAUUCCAAUACCAUUGCACGGAGCGGCUGCGGCAGAUGCUGGGCGGUCUAAACCGUGUCCGUCAAGCGCCGACCAGUUCAUGUCGCAACAGAAUGCAAAGUUUGAUGAGCAUAAACCGCCUGAUUCCAAUAAGGCCGUUCCUCAGAGUAAGACGUCGCUUGCGGAGAAGUUGGAAUUAACAGGAAUAAACAUACCAGUUAAGAAGCCCAAACCACUCAUGAAAUGGAACUGCACCGUCUGCCAGGUGCAAGCGACUUGUGAGAAGAACUUACAGAUGCAUUAUGCUGGCCAGAAGCACUUGGCAAAUGUAGCAAUGCUGGACCCAGUAACUAAGCCAACUGAUCAGAAAGCGAAAGCAGCAGCAGCAGAACCUUCUCUUGGCACAGAGCAGAAGAAAACAUCCUCGAUAAAUUGGAGUUGCAGUACCUGCCAGGCCCGCGGUACGUCCAAAUCGACAUUCGAUGCGCACCUCCAAGGCAAAAGACAUCAGCAGAACAUCGCAGAGGCAUCAGUAAAAGGCGAUGGUGAUGGUGAUGGCAAUGGCGCACCGAAGAAUGCAACGGCGGGGGAAGCAAAAUCGGACGGCGUCACCAUGCCGAACCAUUCAAAGAAGCCAUCAUCGGUCUGGAGCUGUAGCAUUUGCCAAACUACAUGCACCUGCGAAACAGACUUGAAGAACCACCUGAGUGGCACAAGACACCGAGAGAAGGUUCAGUCUCUGCUUGAAGAGAGCAAGAACAUGGCAAGGAAUCCUGAGACAAACUUGAAGAAAAACAAUGCACCGCAAAUGGUCAAGAACAAAGGACCACACCCGGCAUGGAACUGCAUAAUGUGUGAGGCCAAAUGUUACUCCAAAUCUCAGUUUGAGAAUCAUUGCAGUGGCAGCAGGCACCAACAGAAGAUCGAGGCGAUAAUCGGCAAAUGUGAGACUGCAAAACCGAGCAGCAUGAGGACUGCAAAUGAACCAUCUUCGGAUGGCUCUAGCGGCAGGAACGCAAGCUCGGAGAAGGCGGAGAAGAAAGCAACGUUGUACUUCUGCGAGGUCUGCAAUUUGCUGUGUAGCAGCAGUGAGACGCUGUUAAGCCAUCGUUAUGGGAAGAAGCACCGGGAAAAGCUCAGCGCAGGGAAAUGAAGUGCGUUUGUGGGUCUGCAAGGCAUUGUCGUUGUGGCUUUUGUAGGGAAGGUUGUGAAGCGCGACUAUUGCAGCAUGUAGCCCUGUGCUGCUGUGCACUUGAAUUAUGUGAUGGCUUUGUAGGAACUGGGUUCAGUCGCACCUGUUAUCUAUAUACUAUUAAAGGGGAUCUGCCGUUA